UUAGCACAUUUCUAGAGUCAAAAAUCAUGGAAAGAGGUAGCUAAAUUAAGCAUUUAAGCUUUGAAGAUACUCCUUGAUCAAACUUUCAGAUAUAGCUUUAAAUGAAUUGCCAAAACCCAUAUUGGAAGAUAUAUUUUCAUUUGUACCAGACUAUAGGGAUUUGAGACUAGUCUGUAAGAAGUUUAAGAAUAUUAUCGAUAAUUCUACUGUGAUAAUGAAGCAUACAUGGCUAGUAAUAGAUAGUGUUCUGGAUGUUGAUUCUAGCAUAAUUCAUCAGAGCUAUCAAAAGUUAUUAAUUGAAUAUAUGGGUGAAGAAUUUGUUGACUGGAUGUCUGGUUAUCAGCACAAAGAUCAAAUUAAAGAAAUUAUGAUAAAAUGCUAUGUAAAUUCCAUCUCAGAAUCAUCUGAUUCUAUCCAGUAUAUUUUAUCAAGUUUCAAUUUCUUGGAAAAGCUGUGUUUCAAUACAUAUAAUGCAUUUCAUCAAAUUGAUGAUUCUGAUGUCAAAAUCAAAUUAACUCCAAACAUGUUGUCUAAGUUAACAACGUUAGAAGUCGGCUUUUGUCCUGAUCAUCCAAACAACAUCCUGCAAAUGUUCUCGAAUAUACCGACAAUCAAAAAAUUGUUAACUUGGUAUAUGACAAUAUUUCCGAAGAAGGUAAAAUGGCAACUUGAGGAGUUGAUUAUUCCAAAUGCAGACGAAAUUGAUGAUGACAACUGCAAAAAAUUCUUAGAAAGUCAGCAGUUUACAUUGAAAAAAUUAUCGUUUCCUGGUUCCAUUAAUUUUGCGUAUUUUAUCAUGCAAAAUCUAUCGAAUCUUGAGAGUCUUACUUUGAGUAUAGAUUCAUACGACAAUUUGGAUGACAAAUUCUUGAUAAGGAAUAGUCAACUUAAACGUUUGAAUAUAAAUAUAUGGAUGGACUAUACAGGAAACAAUGUUCUAGAGACUGUCCUUAAUCACUACAAUAAUAUUCAAUUUUUAAGUAUCAGAUCAAGUAAUGAAAGCAGGACACUUGAUUAUAAGCAAUUAAUCAAUAUAAAACUUAAAAACUUAUCACAUUUGUUGCUGAAGGGCAUAAAAGCUUUUCCAUUUUUAAAUGCUAACAUACCUAACAUAAGGGUUCUAGCAAUUGCAUGCUUUUACUAUGAUGAAGAUUAUGACUAUUCAGAACUGUCUCAGGAAAGUAUGAAAAAUGUUGAAAAGUUGAGUCUUGAUUUGAAGACAGUAAAGGAUGCAAUCGUAGUGCUUUCAAAAUGUCCAAAACUUACUGAAUUGAAUUUAAAAAUUGUGGAAUGGAAUGCUGAAAAUGAUUCUUUCAUCAGCAGCAUCAAUGAAAUGUUGGCAAUCACAAAUAAUAUGAAAUGCUUGGGAAUUAAUAAACACAAUUUAUUAAUGCAGCAAAUGUCAAUUGAAACGUUAUUGGAUCAAAUAUCAAAUAUUCAAAUCGGUUUGAAAACAUAUGACAUUUUUAAUUCAAUGUUAACUGAUGAGUGGGGACUAGAAGGUGUUGAACAUAUUCAUUUAUGUACUUAAAAACAAUUGUCUUAAUACAAAUUAAGUAAAAAUGUAACGGUUUUUUCAAAUUCAAAGUUUUGAACUGGUAAUAAAUUGAACUGAAAUG